AUAUUAAGGACAUUUAUGCAUUUAUAUAUAGAUACAUAUAAAUAUGUGUGCUUGAUAUGUAUAUGUUCAUAUGUGUAAUCUAUAAUUAUUUACACACUUAUAUUUUUAGUAAUUAUUAAGUUUAGUCCUCACCUUCGAUUUUGACGAAACUAGGCUCAAUCGACGCGUAUUUUAAGAAGAAAAUUUUUCCCUCUUACAAAAUCGUCGCUCUCUUCCGCGAAGCGAGAUAUUUAGUGUGAAAGUUAAGAGUUCAUUAGGUUAGGAAAUCUGUCACUCCGACGAUAUGUAGCGACGUGUAGCUGCCCCACGGUCUUAUGCGCAUGUUCGAUGGUUACAUGCGCAUACCCAGCGCUACUACAUAGAGCGCACGAAAUAUGAAAAUUAUCAAAAAACAAAAGAUGGAGUGCAAUAUUAUUAUAACAUUACUGGGAACAAUGUCGGGCCUUAUAGAAUUCGGUCGAUUGACUGCAUGCAAAGACAAGCUGAUAGAUUUUUUAAUUCAGCACGGUGUUUUAACAUCUAGUAUCAAGUGCAACAAUUGUGGGAAUAAUAUUAAUAUUAAUAAAGAAACGUUAAUGUACAAAUGCAAAAGACGGUACUAUAUUAAAAAUGUACAUAAGAAACGUGUGUCGAAGCAGUACGAUUUCAGCCGCAAUGCUACGGCUAGUACCUGGUUUGGUAAAAGUCAUCUAGACGUGGGAACGGUUUGCAACAUUGUUGCAUGUUUCCUGCUGUUAAGACAUCCCCGUCUAAAUGACACAGUAGAUGAAACUGGCGUUUCGGCAUCCACGAUUAUAGAUUGGUUUAAUUUUUGCCGAGAGGUCUGUGUGCUGUGGGCAAUAAAAAACAGCGAGAAGCUCGGUGGGCCAGGACGUACGGUGGAAACAGACGAUGUAAAAAUUGGACGAAGAAAAUAUAAUCGUGGUCGCCUGAUCAAAGGUCUCUGGAUCUUCGAAGGAUAUGAGCGAGAGUCGAAGAAGAUUUUUAUCACUCCAGUUCAGGAUCGGACAGAGACAACACUUCUGGCAUGUAUAAAAGAGUGGAUUCUGCCAGGCACCACCAUUAUUUCAGACUGUUGGAAGUCUUAUAAUUGCUUAGACAAUGAAGGCUUCCAACAUUUGACAAUGAAUCACUCCUAUAAUUUCGUCGAUCCUGAAACUGGUGCACAUACGCAACAUAUAGAACGUGUUUGGAGAGAGGUUCGCGCAAACAUACCAAGGUACGGGACCCGAGAGGAUCACGAACUUGGAUAUUUAAACGUGUUUGGAGAGAGGUUCGCGCAAACAUACCAAGGUACGGGACCCGAGAGGAUCACGAACUUGGAUAUUUAG